AUGAAAUUGGCAACAAAAAUUGAACAACAGCAAAUUAUUACAGUCGACUUAGAAACAUCAGUGGAACACGAGGAUGCGAAUCCAGCAGGGGCCUGGCUCCCCAUCACUGAAUCCAUAAAGGGCAAUGCUUUUACCUUUGCAUCCCAUUUGUUGUGCUCAGGAAUCGAAAUUCGGACCCUAGCACUUCCUAUAGCCUUCAUGCUCCUCGAAUGGCAAGUUGUUAGGGACUGUUUGUUUGUCCAUAGCAUUCUGUUGGCAGCUCUACAUCAAGUGGCUUAUCGUCAAUCUUCACGAAUCACCGUUAGGAUUUCAUCACACCAGAUAUCUCCACCUCUCAACGGUGAAAAAUUGUGGAAGUUGCUGGCUGUAUUCUCAACAAUUUACGUAUCAGAGUGGUUCCCGGUGUUCAUAAGCUUGGCAAUUUUGGUGGCUCAAUUCUAUCCAAACUUGGAUUCCUUAGCACACAUUUCACUCACCGGAUCAAUCUCAGCUGUUGUAUACUGUAGCCUGAUUUGGAUACUGUUCAUCAUCACCAAGGGUAAGCACGAUCUGGAAGGUCCUUGGGAGGCAAAGAUAUCGGGAUUAGAUGGAAUUUGUAAUGUCUUGAAUGGUCUUGGAAUCAUUGCUCUUGCUUUUAGAGGCCACAAUGUUGUGCUAGAGAUACAGGUAACUCAUCAUUUGAAUCCUUUGUAG